AUGAGCAACGUCGACGGAUGCCCGCCGGACGCGCUGGAAGGGGCGGGUAUUCCUCACGGCACAAUGUCUAUUCGCGCGCUUUGCGACUGGAUCCAGGCGGCUACGGAGAUUCGGGACACCGUCAUCACGGACAUUUGCUGGUGGCAGGAGGCGGACACGAUCCUCAAGCAUCAAUGUCUGGCCUUGCGCUUUCAUCAUGCUGGUCUGGCCUACGACCUGAUCCUCGAGCGCGCGGGGAAGGCCAUUUUGCGUCCGUUUGAGCUGGCAGCGGACAAAGCAACAUUCAUGGCGGCGAAACCGGAGCCCGACACAGCUUUUCAUGGAACUCAUCGAUUGCUAUUCGCGCUGGUCACGGACCGCAACAUCCUUCCAAAAGGGACCUUUUGCGUUGACGCAUUUAGAGACUUUCUUGACUACAAAUGGUCGGGACCGUAUCCUCGCCUGUGUGAUUUGGCACGUUAUGUGGAAAUUAUCGCUGGGGAGGAACCGCGGUACAGCAUUGCCACAAGCAACUGUUACUGGUUUUCACGCAUCGUGUUCCAUACUCUGGCACUGCGCCAUUAUGCCUUCCCAUUUGUUGCGACAUCGAUCACCCCGCGGACGUUUGUCAUCCCGCGCACUGCCGCCCUUCAGACGUAUGGGACUUCAGAAGUCAAGGACCUCGAGCUCUCCCGCCACGAUCCAUCCUCGGUCUCCCUCGUCUUCCGCUUCCUGCACUACGAGGAGUGGCGGAACGGCAUCCUGAUGUUCCGUCGUUUGGUGGUGAUCUUCCUGGUGUUGAUUUCGCUCGGCGCGACGAGCGGGGUGGUAUACGCCGUCUACCACGCUAUCCGCCACACAUCGCCGAUGGUGGCAAAGACGCGCCCCAUCAAGUCCACGGCGGGGACCAUGGCGGUGUCGAUCCUGAUCACCCUAAUUUUCCUGCCCCUCAUUUGUGUGAUGAUUGGGUUAGUUGCGGUGCGCUGGAUCACUGCCUUGCUCACGUAUCUGCUUAUCCGUCGGCGGACAUUGCAAGUUUUGGAUCUUUUUGACCGAGGGAUGAAGAUGGAAAGCAUCCGAGGGGACUACGUUCCCCCGAAAUUGCCAUUCCAGAGGCACAGAAGAGCAGCUGCCGGACCCAACGACGAGGUCUCUGAGACGAUGAUUGUGUCCAGGCGGCCCCGGACGUUGCCGAAACUGUGGGUGCACAAGUCACCGAUCACGGAAGGCACGUCCCGAGCGCCCGGCGCCAGACUCCCACGUCGCGUAACGCGUGACACCGCUUCUCCUCCUCGUUCCCCCGCCACCGGCAGCAACGACCGCAUCGCAGGGAUGCCUGCGGAAAACGACGAGCUGACAGCAACGCUUUCCACCGCUCUGCACUCCCUUUCGCACGCGCGCAAGGCUAGCUUACUUCUGGACACAGCGCUGGGGCUGAUCCAGAAUGGACGAUACGGGCCGGAGGUGGAGAGCUAUCUUGAGGUAUACCUCAAGACUCCGGGAUUAGAGAGACGGGAUAUAGUGAGGGCCCUGUUGGCGCGGGGGACUGCAAGGAAACGGGAGGGAGAGAGGCUAGACGAGCUAGCGGAGCAAGACUUCAAAGCUGCCCAGAAGCUGGAGCCAGGUAACUCGGAGGUGCAGCGGUACUUUCAGCGCGAGACGAAAAUUGCUUUUGCGAGCGACCCGGCGUCGCAUCGCACGCCUCUUGAAAUCUGGGAGCGGAUAGCGUCCUUUAUUCCCCGAUAUCACCUUCGGACGUGGUUUUUCGUCUCCCCUUUCCACCGCGAGAUUGCGGUCCGGCUCAUAUUCGAUACGCUGGACUUGUAUUUUGCGGAGGACCAGCAAGACGCUCUCAAUCGCGGUCUCGACGUUUUCGACCGGGUGAAGACGGACAAAGUAUUUGCUGGGCGAAUAAAGACGCUAAGGAUUCAUUGGGCAUAUGAGGAGGGCGAAAUGCUUGAUUUAAUGAUGCGUAUAUUCCGCACAACCAUCCCCGAAUUCCACGCAUUGCGUUCAUUUGAAUGGAUAGGAUAUCCUGAAUUACGGGCAGAGCUUGUCCAAACUGUCCUUUCAGCCCACCCCAGGCUUCACGGCCUGGGCCUCAUUGGAUGGCAUUUCGACGCCGUUGGCGUUUCUGCCUUCCACAAUCUUCACAAAUUCACCCUUCGAGCCGAAGACGACGACGGGUUUGCGGAUAUGGGAGAAGUGCGGUCGGUACUGGACCAUAACUCCGAAACGCUCAAACAUCUGGUGCUUGGCGCCUACCUCAUGCGGGCCCACAGCUGGGAUGCGGCGUUUGGGAGCGUGACCAUCCGUAAUCUCACCCACCUCGACCUUGUCGAUACCCGCAUAUCACAACUCGUGCUUGUUCGCAUAGCGCAAGCGCAUGGUCUCCAGAGCCUUACACUGCAUGGGACGUUCGAAGAUCCCGUUGCCGCGGGUGUCGUAUUUGGCACUGAUGUCCAAACUGGGGAGGACCACUCGCUCUUGCCAUUGUUGGAAUCGUUCCGCUUCAUCCUCAUUGGUCAUGAUGACCAACCAGCGCUAUACCGAUCUGUCACCCAAUUUCUUGCCUCCCGUCAGCGCCUCCGGAGACUGGACCUCGGCAGCUGUCCGUGGGAGCUCGUGCACACCCUCCUGCCCACCCUUCCUUCGUUGCGCGUAUUUGGUGUCCGAAUCGCUCAUCUGACAGUCGCUGCGUUCUCAUCAUUGGUGGACUGUCUUCCGUCAUCCCUAAUCGCCUUGCACCUAUCCACCGCUGUCGCAGAUAGACCUGUCCACGACCCCGCGCUCGUACAUCGGCUGAAGCAAUUUACCUCCCUUGGCUUUUUGCACCUCCAAAAUAGCGCGAGUCGGCGGCCACAGCCUAGCUUGAUGAGCGAGAAGGAGUGUGCGGUCCAGACCGACGCGUGGGCCGGCGCGGCAAAGGGUGUCGCGGCGGCCCUGUCGAGCAUCGAUUUUCUGGGCUGGCAUGGCGAGCACUACGUUGUUAUACGCUCGGGAGAGCGGGUCACGUUGAAGGAGCUGCCGGGGAGAAGACAUCUGGACUGCGGGAGUGGUGUGGAUUUGGGCGGGGAGGAUGCAGCGUGGCUGGAGAGGAAGGAUGUGCCGAUGGAUUAUGAGAUGCCUGUCGGCAGGGACGGGUAG